AAUCGGAAAUCAAAACUGAAGAACCGGAACAAACGUCAAUUGAUAUGUACGACGAUGAGUUUCACUUUAUUAUGAAAAAAGAUUUUGCGUCUACUGCUGAAAAUGUCAAUGAAGUGAAUGAGGCAUUGAGUGGAAAUGAAGAAUCGGAAAAUGACUCUGAUGCCACUGAAAUUGAUGAUGAGGAUUAUGAAGCAGUCAGUGAGUUUCAGCAAGCUGAAACAGUGGUCAAUGGAAACUCGAGCAGUUCAUCAGGUGAGCAACAGCCAAAUCGUCGUCAAAGAAAAACUAAAAACCACAGGUGUCAACAGUGCAGCAAAAGGUUUGAUUGUCUAUCUAAACUCCAACGACAUCAACCGGUACACAUUGGCGAUCGACCGUUCAAAUGCCCAACAUGCUCCAAGUCAUUCAAAACUAGUGGCGAUCUCAAAACACAUCGACGGGUGCACACUGGCGUCCGACCGUACAAAUGCACAGUGUGCUCUAAAUCAUUCACACAGACAAGUGAUCUCAAACGACACCAACGGUUGCACACUGGCGAUCGACCGUACAAAUGCCCAACAUGCUCCAAGUCAUUCACACAACUUGGGAAUCUCAAAACACACCAACUGGUGCACAGUGACGUCCGACCUUACAAAUGCACAACAUGCUCCAAAGCAUUCAAAAGCAAAAUCGAACUCAAAACACACCAAGUGGUGCACACUGACUCCAGACCAUUUCCAUGCACCAUUU